CCUCCAAAAAUCUGUUGGAGAAGACGGCAUGGAAACAGAACCCUUUAGGCUUUUCCGCUCAAUUAAGUUCCUCUCUAUUCUCAGUGCUCUGUAAACAGAGAAGAAAACCCAUCAUUCGGGAACCAUGAGUUCUCUCUGCAAUUCUUUAGAUACACUCCCUCUAAAACCCCUUUCGAUGCACAGGACUGACCUACUUUUCUCUCGUUCUCCUUAUCUCAGCUUCCUCGCCCCAAGCCUCAACAAUCACAAACUUACAAUCACGUUAAGACCCCCACUCACAAAUCCCCGCGUUAUUUAUCGGCCAUGCCUAAUCAGGUCGAGCUCGAGUUCCUCCGCGUCGACGUCGGACAUUGACAUGGUCAGGAACAAGGAAGGGAUCUACACGCCCAACCAGAGCAAAGUUGUUGUGCUCUGGGACCUCGAUAACAAGCCCCCGCGGGGCCCGCCAUACGAGGCCGCCAUGGCGCUGAGACAGGUAGCCCAGAGAUUUGGGGACAUAGUUGAGAUAUCAGCUUAUGCGAACCGCCAUGCCUUCAUUCAUUUACCGCAAUGGGUGCUCCAAGAACGCCGCGAGAGGAAGCAACUGAAUAUUCUUGAGAGAAAGGGAGUGGUUACCCCGAGCGAGCCCUACGUUUGCGGGGUUUGUGGGCGCAAGUGCAAGACCAGUCUUGAUUUGAAGAAGCAUUUCAGGCAACUUCAUGAAAGGGAGAGGCAGAAGAAGUUCAACCGAAUGAGGUCUUUGAAGGGGAAGAAGAGGCAAAAGUAUAAGGAAAAGUACAUAACGGGGAAUCAUAAGUACAAUGAAGCUGCAAGAAGCUUGAUUACGCCAAAAGUCGGAUAUGGGUUGGCGUCUGAGCUGAGGAGAGCAGGAGUUUUCGUGAAGACGGUGGAAGAUAAGCCGCAGGCGGCGGACUGGGCGUUGAAGAGGCAAAUGCAGCAUUCUAUGACCAGAGGGAUUGACUGGUUGUUCUUGGUGUCCGAUGAUAAGGACUUCGUUGAGAUGUUGAGAAAAGCCAGGGAUGCGAAUUUGGGGACAGUAGUGGUAGGUGAUUGGGACAGAGCGCUAGGAAGACAUGCAGAUUUGUGGGUGCCGUGGGUUGAGGUCGAGAAUGGAGGAUUGACAGAGAAGGAUUUGAUGCCUGAGAAAAGGAGGAGGCAGGAUUUGGAGGAGGAGGGUGUCUUGUUCUCUGUUUCAUGCUUUGAUGGUGAGAGGGAUUUGGAUAGAGUGGUUGAUGAGCUGGUUGUGCAGAGAACUGAGUUUGGUGGUGCGAGGAUUUCGGCCUUUUCUGAAGGGGAAGAGGAUGAUGAUGAUGAGUGGGUAACAGAGGAGGACUGGGACAAUGAAGAUUAUUUAUUAAGGGCUAGUGAAGAUGAGAUCACUGAAGGGGAAGAUGGGUAUUUUUGACGCUUGUGAAUAAAAUUAUGAUGGUGGGUAUUUCAUUCUGCUUGGAACUGGUGUAAUUUGAUUGGGAAAAGAUAUAACAGUUUCACGGAGGUAUAUAUUGUGUUAAUAGUUAGGUUUUUCAUAAAAUGGAAAGGAAUACUAUUUGUUCGUCUAGCUCUUCAAAUCCUUGGAGCAUCAUGAUUGGAUUCUUUUCACCGUGAAAAUGGAUGUUGAUUCCCAUGGUCAAUACUGUAAACGAAUUAUUUAUUGAAGAAAUUGGUUGGUCUCUCCAAAGGCUCAUGUCGGUGUUAAUUGUGGAUGGGUAGAUUGCUUUGUAAGACUUGCAGCAGGAUGCAUGGCCCCUGACCAGCAGCCGUCCCUUUCAGUUAAGAUUUUAUGACCUCAAAAGUCUGCUGGUUGAUAUUACACAGAUUAGGUACAACAGGGCGGCCCAGAUCCAUUUUGGUGAUGCUUUUUACUUUUGUAAGAGGAUGCGUACAUUUUUCAGAUUCUUCUAUCCACAAGGUGAAUUCCUCCUCUCCUGUUCAUAUAUAUUUACAUUAAAAAA